GUUAUCCAUUAAACGGCGCGCAUUACCACUUGUACCAGCUUAUUGCAUUACAACACACAAGAGUCAAGGUCAAACAUUAAAUAAAGUUGUGAUUGAUUUAAAACUGCCAAAUGAAACCGAUGAUAUUGCUGCAGUCUAUGUACCCUUGUCGCGGGUAAAGCGCUUAACUGAUUUGGUUAUUUUGCGAUAUUUUGAUUACAAGGUGUUGUUAAUUAAACCCAGCAAGUCACAACUGACAGAAAUUGAACGACUCGAUAAACUAUAUUUAGAGACUCAAACACGUUUUCCAGAAUGGUUGUAA